AUGUCUUCUCGCGCUUCUGCCAAAUCACCCACUCCAGGAUCCUCAUCCUCUUCGCGCAACCAGCCUCAGAGCCUCGCGCAGGAGCCCGCCAACACUGAGGACUUCGACAUGCCGGACCUCAAGUACGACUCCGAUAGAGAUAGCUCUUUCACCAAGGAAAGCUACGAUAAGCUCCGACGCAUAAUCCAGAAACAAGAAGCCGAGACAAAAGACAUGCAGAAAAUCGUCAACGAAAACCGACAAGCAAUAGAAAACCUCAACAAGCAACUCCAGCACGCUAGACAGGCCUACAAGAAGCUAGAUGUUACGGCCAGCUAA